AUGGAACCCAUCAAUGCUAGCAGUGUAGAGAUUUGCUUGUAUGGCAGCAGCGCGUCGACGUGUUCAUUUGCCUCCGCUCUCGGGUUCUUCUCAGUUGUUGGUGCUGGAGCACUGUUGUUGUCCGAUGCCCGAUUUGAGCGCGUUUCCUCCAUUCCAACACGAAAAAGGAUUGUCACUGGCGACCUGGCCGUGUCCGCUAUAUUCGCUGUUAUAUUUCUGAUUGCGUUCUUCACAUUCUGGAGCAAGUAUUCAUCGUUCGAUCUGGAUGAGCCGUACUCUACUGGGUAUGCAAAAUUCGGCAUUCUCUUAGCACUCCUUUCGACUUUGGCCUGGGGGGGUGCAGCGUUUUUCGCAUGGAGACGAUAUGAGGAGGGCGCCGUCACGGCUCUAGGAACAAACUUCGACAACGAAUUCAGUGGUAUUGACGGUGAAGUUCAAGAUGGCUACGGCUACGGCGGAAGUUCUGAAGGAAUUGGUGCAGUCAGUGGUGGACAUCAGAUCAGCGUGGCGAACACCUCGUACCAAGCUGGAGCGCCUCCUUCUAUGCCGCCAAAUCCGAAUCCUUUUGUUGGAACUGAUGGCUACGGUUACUGA